CUCGUGCCCCCUCCCCCCUUCCCCCCCCUGUCCCCCCACCUCCUCCUCUUCCUCCUCCUCCUCCUCUUCUCAGCCGGCUCCCGCUCCACCUUCUCAGAGCUCCUCCGGACGUCCUGCAGAGUCGUGGAUAAUUCAAAAAUGGCAGAACUUUUUAUGGAAUGUGAAGAAGAAGAGUUGGAACCAUGGCAGCAGAAAGUAGAAGAAAUUCAAAAAAAAGAUGACGAUGAUGAGUUGAUCUUUGUGGGAGAGAUAGCAAGUUCCAAACCAGCCAUUUCAAAUAUUUUGAACAGAUGUAGUCCUGGCUCAUCUUCAAAGGGACUAAAGAAUGACUCAUUCAAUCCAGAUAAUUCUAAACCUACAAGUCAACAGUACAGAAAUCCAUCACCUAAUCCAGUGGCUACUUUGCCUGAAUUUCAUCCUGAAUCCAAAUCUUCAGAGAGUUCUGGUUUUCAGACUGUUUCUAAACCUAGUUUUUCAAUGACUUCAUCACAAGAUGAUCCAGGUACUUCUUCUGUGUUACAAUUAGACUCAACCAACGAUACACCAUCCUCCAGCAUACUGAAAAAGAGUACAGAAGGUAUCGAUCAAACUUCAUUAGGAUUAAAACAUCCUUCCACUUCCAAAGUAAGCAGUGUUAAUCCAAAAAAGCCAAAGACCAAUGAAAGUGUUUCUGAAACAAGUCCUUCUGAGACUUUCUCCCAGGUGGUAGUAUCAAAUGAAAAUACCUCAUCAUUUCACUCUAAAACUGGAGCACCUUCACUAACAUCUUGUCCAAAGUGCAAUGUUAAGUUCAGUUAUUUGGAUCCUUUGAAAUGCCACAUGAAGCGUUGCUGCCCAGACAUGAUAAAUAAUUUUCUGGAGACUCUUAAGUCAGAACAUUCAAAGGCUGAAAACAAAAGUAACAUUGUCUUAGAAAAAGGAAAGUUGAUUAUGCUAGUUAGUGAUUUUUAUUAUGGAAGACAUGAAGGAGCUGUUGAGGAAGAACUGAAGACUCACACAACUUUUAAAUGCUUCAGUUGCUCGAAAGUUCUUAAAAAUAAUAUUAGGUUCAUGAACCACAUGAAACACCACUUAGAACAUGAAAAACAGAACAUUGAGUCCUGGGAAAACCAUACUACGUGCCAGCACUGCUACCGACAGUAUCCCAACCCCUUCCAGCUACAGUGCCACAUUGAGAGUACACACACUCCUCAUGAUUUUUCUACUAUUUGCAAAAUCUGUGAAUUGUCUUUUGAAACAGAGCAUAUGCUUUUACAACAUAUGAAGGACACUCAUAAACCUGGUGAAAUGCCAUAUAUUUGCCAGGUUUGCCAGUUUAGAUCAUCAAUAUUUUCUGAUGUAGAAACUCACUUUAGAUCAUCUCACGAGAACACUAAGAACUUGCUAUGUCCAUUUUGUCUCAAAAUUAGUAGAAUGGCAACCCCUUACAUGAAUCAUUACAUGAAGCAUCAGAAUAAAGGAAUUCAUCGUUGCCAAAAAUGCAGACUACAAUUUUUGACCUGCAAGGAGAAAAUCGAUCAUAAGUUAGAGCAUCGUACAUUUAUAAAGCCUAAAGAACUAGAAGGAUUGCCAACUGGAACAAAAGUUACUAUUCGAGCUUCACUUGGAUCUGCACAAUCAAGAUCAUCAAGCCCACCUUCUAGUUCUAUUCCAAGCACUUCUCUUCAAGUCUCAGCUUCAGAGUCUACAAAUACAACUACUAAAAACAACUCAAAAGUACUUGGAAAUAAAAGUAAGAUAAGUAAGCCUCAGAUAGUUUUAACCACAGUGUCUACACCCAGUACAAGUAAACCAGGACCAAGUGCAACUAAAUCCAAAGCCAAGACCUCCAACAAGCAAAAGAAACAGCGCACUAGGAAAGACAAAUUCAGUGUAGCUUUGAAGAACUUAAGAUGUCACCAGGGAACUCACACGUGUAUUGAGUGCCAUUCCGAAAUAAAAGAUUUUCCGAGCCACUUUUCUGCAGAUUUAAAUUGUAAUUUUUGCAAGUACACCACUAAUUGUAACAAAGCCUUUACAAAUCAUAUGAGCUCUCAUAGUGACCAUCCAAGUAAACAGUUUUAUAUUUUUAAGAGGCAUUCAAGAACUCUCAGGGGCAUCACUCUAGUGUGCCUUAAAUGUGACUUCCUAGUUGAUACUUCUGGCUUAGACCGUAUGGCUAAACACUUAAAUCAACGUAAAACUCACACUUGCCAAGUUAUAAUAGAAGAUGUUCCUGAAAGAACCUCAACUUCUGAAUCCACUUCUGAAUGCAGAAGCAACACAGAAAUUUCAAAAAAUGUCCAGUGUACUCCUGGACAGUGUCCCCCUUCGUUGGACACAACUGAUGCCUGUUCUCUCUUUCCAAGGAAUGUGAAUUGUUUGACUGUGAGACCUGUUUCAAUUUGUAGCCUUGGGAAUUUAUCUGUUGUUAGGCAGAGUCCCUUCCUACCUGAUUGGCCUUCCAUAAGGCUGAUGUUCAUUUGGCCAUCAAUGACUUCAAGGUCUACCAAAUUGAACACAUCUUCCCACUGGGGGCUUUGGUUCUUAAGUUUAGGCUUAUGAAUUGAUACUAGUCAUGAAAGCCCAUCAAGUAAGUGCUUUACCAUACAAGUUCAAGUUUAUCACUUUGCCUGAAGUCCUUUAUCUUCCUCUAAGCAUGAAUACAGUCUGAGGUGUAUCAAAAACCUGACUGUGUAGAGAGUGAAGAUCACUUUCAUGUUCGUGGAAAAGCAAACUUUGUGAAGUUCUGGCUCCAAAGUAAGUUACUUAUCUUGCCAUUUAAAGUUUUAGCCAGUAAUCCAAAAGUUCUCAAUAGUGCUAGUACUUAAAUUCUUGAUUUUUGUCAUUGACCAAGUUUAUUGAUGACUAAUUUGUAUGUCUACUUUCAUAAUUUCUGAUUCUUUUGUUCUGUUUGUUCAAAAUGCCAAAAAAAUUUCUUUAAAUUUUUCUAAAGAUUUCAUGCAACUACCUGUUGGUAGUUUUUUUUCUUUCUUUUUCUUUCUUUUUUUUUGUUUGUUUGAUUUGGUUUUGGUUUGUUUUUUUGUUUGUUUGUUUGUUUUGAGAAAAGGUCUCUACUAUAUAGAUCAGGCUGACCUUGGCCUCACAAAUUUCUCCCUGCCUCGGCCUUCCAAGUGCUGGAUUUAAAGAUGUGUGGCACUUGUUCAGCUCAUACAUGCUCUGUCUAUCUUGAGACUAUCAUUAACAUCUUAGGGCUCAGGAAUUCAAAGACAAAGAACAAAACUCCCCUUACAGAUCUUAAGUUUUAAGUUACUUUGCCAUUCACUUAAUAGUUAUCUUCUUAGCCAUUGAUGUAAUUCUUUUAGAUAAAAAUAAUAUAUUCAAAAAUAUUGGGACCAAAUAAUGCACUUGUUUCUUGCCCACAUAUAUAUAGAGAGAGAUGUAUAUUUUUUUUAUUUUGGUGUUUGUUUAUUUUGGUUACAUUGAACAUAGUUUUUUCUGAACAGUUUUGAUGUU